AUGGAAAAAGCCAACUGGUCCUCCCCCGUGGUGGGGUUCGUUCUCCUGGGACUCUCAGCCCACCCAAGGCUGGAGAAAACAUUCUUUGUGCUCAUCCUGUCUAUGUAUCUGGUGAUCCUGCUGGGCAAUGGGGUCCUCAUCCUGGUGACCAUCCUUGACUCCCGCCUGCACACGCCCAUGUACUUCUUCCUGGGGAACCUCUCCUUCCUGGACAUCUGCUACACAACCUCUUCCAUCCCUCUAGUCCUGGAUGGCUUCCUCACUCCCAGGAAAACCAUUUCCUUCUCAGGCUGUGCCAUGCAGAUGUUCCUCUCCUUUGCCAUGGGAGCCACAGAGUGUGUGCUCCUGGGCAUGAUGGCAUUUGAUCGCUAUGUGGCCAUCUGUAACCCCCUGAGGUACCCUGUGGUCAUGAGCAGGUCUGUCUAUGUAUCCAUGGCUGUCAGCUCCUGGACAAUUGGUGGGGCUGCUUCUGUGGUACACACAUCCCUGACGAUUCAGCUGCCUUUCUGCGGGAACAACGUCAUCAACCACCUUGCCUGUGAGAUCCUGGCUGUCCUGAAGUUGGCCUGUGCUGACAUCUCCAUCAAUGUGAUCAGCAUGGGAGUGACAAAUGUGAUCUUCCUGGGGGUCCCAGUUCUGUUCAUCUCUGGCUCUUAUGUCUUCAUCAUUGCUACCAUCCUGAGGAUCCCUUCAGCUGAGGGGAGGAAAAAGGCCUUUUCUACCUGCUCUGCCCACCUCACUGUGGUGGUCAUCUUCUAUGGGACCUUAUUUUUCAUGUACAGGAAGCCCAAGUCUAAGGAUCCCCUGGGGGCAGACAAAGAGGACCUUUCAGAUAAGCUCAUCCCUCUCUUCUAUGGGGUGGUGACCCCCAUGCUCAACCCCGUCAUCUACAGCCUCAGGAACAAGGACGUGAAGGCUGCUGUGAGGAACCUGGUGGCUCGGAAAUACUUCACCCAGUGA